AUGAUGUUACCAAGCCCGGUCACCUCCACCCCUUUCUCAGUCAAAGACAUUUUGAACCUGGAGCAGCAGCAGCAGCAACAGCACUUCCACGGCGCUCACUUGCAAGCGGACUUGGAGCACCACUUCCACUCGGCACCCUGCAUGCUGGCCGCUGCGGAUGGGACACAAUUUUCUGACGGAGGGGAAGAAGACGAGGAAGAGGAGGGCGAGAAACUGUCCUAUUUGAACUCACUGGCCACAGCCGAUGGCCACGGGGAUUCGGGACUCUGUCCCCAGAGCUAUGUCCACGCAGUCCUGCGAGACUCGUGCAGUGGGCCUAAGGAACAUGAAGAGGAGUCCGAGAUCGUGAGGGACCGGAGCCAAAAAAACUGCCCGCUGAAGAAGCCUCUGGAGGCGGCCGGAGACUGUAAGGCGGCAGAGGACAGCGAGAGGCCGAAGCCACGAAGCCGCCGGAAGCCCCGGGUCCUCUUCUCGCAAGCCCAGGUCUUCGAGCUGGAACGCAGGUUCAAGCAGCAGCGGUACCUGUCGGCGCCUGAGCGCGAGCACCUCGCCAGUAGCCUGAAGCUCACGUCCACUCAGGUGAAGAUCUGGUUCCAGAAUCGCAGGUACAAGUGCAAGAGACAGCGGCAGGACAAGUCUCUAGAGCUGAGUGCGCACGCUCCCCCGCCGCCGCCGCGCCGCGUGGCCGUGCCGGUGCUGGUGCGGGACGGCAAGCCAUGUGUCACGCCCGGCGCGCAAGCCUACGGUGCGCCCUACAGCGUGAGCGCGGGCGCCUACUCCUACAACAGCUUCCCCGCCUACGGCUAUGGGAACUCGGCCGCGGCUGCCGCAGCCGCGGCUGCUGCCGCCGCCGCGGCUGCGGCCUACAGUGGUAGCUACGGCUGUGCGUACCCAGCCGGCGGCGGCAACGGCGGCGGAGGCGGCGGGGCCUCUGCGACAGCCGGAGCCAUGCAGCCCGCCUGCAGCGUGGCCGGAGGCGGCCCUUUUGUGAACAUGAGCAACCUGGGCGGCUUCGGUGGCGGUGGCGGCGCCCAGCCGCUGCACCAGGGUGCGGCGGCCGGGGGAGCUUGCGCGCAGGGCACCUUGCAGGGAAUCCGGGCCUGGUAG